UUAAACUACCACUCGGGCUCAUAAAACUACCCAUGGAAACACCAACACAACCUCUACAAAAGCCUUAUCAAACGUGGGUGUGUGGGGUGUGAAUGCUAGAAAUCAGAGGCAGUAGCGAGGAUGUUGGGCCCGAGGGAGUAUGCGAGACGUGAUAACUACUCGUAUCUAGCCUGGGAGUAGUCGAGAUCCUGGUUGCGGCGAGGGUGUGGCUAGCUGGUUGGGUGUGUAGCGGAGAUAGGGUGGCUCAAGGGUUCGAGGCUCCUUGUGGGUGUGGCUGGCGGCUACACAACUGAAGGACUUGUGGCGUGGAUGCUGAGACAGGGUGUAGGCGAGAUGUGAGGUGUCUCUUACCGCCAUUACACCCCUAUAUGAAGCCUCACUAACUGGGACAUCCUCAGACCACAUCCCACCUGGUUCCUCGCAUCUUCCCUUCGUCACUAGCCCUUGAAGGAGUACACGGAGGCGCCAUGUCCCCGGGAGCCGCAAAGGAGAACGUGAAGACCGCCCGAUGCACCGCCAUGCUGGACCGGUUCCUCCACCACCCGUCGCGGUACCGGUACAAGGUGGAGUUCGUGGAGUUCUGCGUCAUGAAAGUCCUCUUCAGCGGGCGGGACGAGGACGUGGUGCUGCGGGAGGACUUCAUCGAGGCGUUCAGGAGGCACAGCGGCGUCUCCUUCAGCUGCAACAAGGGCUUCGUGCAGCACCUGGUGGCCGCGGGCGUCAGGGUCACCAGGGUCAUUCGUCGCCGGGUCAAGGAGUACUACUACGUGGGUCUUCGGCUUGUGGACGGCGAGGGGCGGAGGUUCACUGACUUCAUGAGCGGUGGAAGGCCUGGCGAUGCUACCCAAGACUCCGACGAUGAUACAAAAGUGGGAAUACAACGAACCACGACUCCAAACAGCCCUCUGACUGCCCUAGACCCCUCAACCACCUCCUCGCCUCUUCCAGCAGCAAAUACGAGUGAGGGGAGACAGCUAACCACGCCUAAGAACGGCCCUCCCCUUCCCUUCGACCCCUCAACCACCUCCUUGCCCCUUCCAGCAGCAAAUACGAGUGAGGGGAGACAACGAAACACGCCUAAGAACGGCCCUCCCCUUCCCUUCGACCCCUCAACCACCUCCUUGCCUCUUCCAACAGCAAAUACGAGUGAGGGGAGACAACUAACCACGCCUAAGAACGGCCCUCCCCUUCCCUUCGACCCCUCAACCACCUCCUCGCCCCUUCCAACAGCAAAUACGAGUGAGGGGAGACAAUUAACCACGCCUAAGAACGGCCCUCCCUUUCCUUUCGACCCCUCAACCACCUCUACGACCCCUAAAAAAGCAGAUGAAAGUGAGGGGAGACCGACCAACAUCGCCAUGCAAAAGCUCAUGAACUACCCAGCACUGCACAAGAACCGAGACACCUUCAUCAGGUUCUGCCGCGACAAGAUCAGAUUCACGGGCGACCUCAGUGACUUCGUCUUCCGCAAGGACCUGUUUGAGGAGUUCCGCAAGUUCCUAGGGGGGGAUAAGCCCUGUCAGACAGCCGUGGGGAGGCAUCUUGUGAGCACCGGGGUGAUGGUGACGCGGCUGGGCUCGGGGGCGAAGAGGGAGUAUGGGUACCGAGGGAUGUGCUUCGAGGACGGUCGGGGUCGCAAGGCAGCUGAAGUGGGAGCUCUGAGGACGAGGAGGAAGAGUCAGGGCGGACGGACGGAGACGCAGAAGAGGCAAUCAGAGAAGAGUCAGGGCGGACGGACGGAGACGCAGAAGAGGCAAUCAGAGAAGAGUCAGGGCGGACGGACGGAGACGCAGAAGAGGCAAAAAGAGAAGAGUCAGGGCGGACAGACGCAGACGCAGAAGAAGCAGCAAACAGACUCAGCAGUUCAAGGGCUCAAGGGCGCCUCACACGACCAACCAAGUGACCAAGCCUCAACCUCAACCCUGAACAGCCCUUUGCAUCCCCCUCCCCCUGCCUCCGUCCUUAGCCCGCACCUUCUCCUGUCCCCUAUCCCCGCUCCAUCCUCAGCCACCUUCCCUCCCACGGCCUCCUCUCCCACCCUCUCCGAAGCCUCCUACUCGGCACCUCUUGACCUCAGCACCUACAGCACAGCACCUUUGGACCUCAGCACGUCAGCACCAACUCAGACACCCCAGAACCAACACCACGAAGUCUUCAACACCUCAGACAUGCCCUUAACAUUCCCUUUCCCCGACUACCCUAACCUCUCACGGCUCCCACCAGCCACUUGCAGCCUUCCCCCACCCCCGCCAGCCCACGCCAACCCUCAGACACCAACGAUAACCCCCCUGCAGGCCCACGUAAGUCACCCUCAACCAGCACCGUCGCUCUUGCCUACCUACACUCCAGUGGGCACCAUACGCCUUCUAGAGUGCGCCCUGGCAUAUCUGACGUCGCCGAAGAUGCAGGAGGAGAUUAAGACAUUCUACGAUUCCAUAUCAACUGCGGAGGAAGGGGAAGAAGGGGAGGAAAUGGAGUCUAACUAAGAAUCACUAACGGAGGGGAAAGGUCAGUUAUUUUACCAUCAAGAAUAGAGGAAAUAGAGGAAAUAAGAUGUUUUGCUCUUCCUCCUAUGGCCUUCCUAUCCCCAAUCAGCUGGUUCUCCUAGGGGUGUCAGAGGUGGCGGAAUGGCUAACAAGGACGUGGAAAAGUUAUAUACCGUGGUUCGAAUCUCCCUCAAGGUUAACUAGGGAUAGACUUGCCCCGCGUGGUCUAAUGAUGUUUUAGAGGUGACAUAGGUGUUUAUGUUUAUGGUUUUGUUGUAUUUUGAGGUUUUGCGUGUACGACUAAGUGACGGAUAUCUUGUUAUAUAUGUGUGUGUAAUGUGAGAAAGGACAUAAUAAAGUUUCAAAGGUCAGUAUUCGUAUUUGUUUUUCC